AGCGAAAGCGUCUCUCAUGAGUGAACUAAACAUCGAAGAGUUCCAUGUUCGCGUAUAUGAGGUUGUUCGCAUGAUACCCCACGCUCACGUAACUUCGUAUGGUCAUAUCGCUAAACUUAUUGGGAUGCCGCGACAUUCGCGACACGUUGGUCAAGCCCUCAAAUGGCUACCUGAAGGCUCAGACAUCCCUUGGCAGCGAGUCAUCUCAUCUUCAGGUCAAAUAUCCUCAAGGGGUCCAGCAACGGAAGGCGCACAACUACAACGAGAGGCGUUAGAAGCAGAAGGUGUUGAAGUGACGAUGCCUGUUGGAGGGGGGACCGGGAGAGUCAAUUUUCGGGAAUACGGAUGGUUCCCGGAUCAUGUCGAUUUUGACGACUGACUGCCAUCCUUUUUUCGCAGUUCAAUCAGCAAACCAUCCAGCUUGGACCUUAAUGUAUGUGAAGGAAACAUGUUCUUACUCGCUCAAUCCCUGCUCCUUCAAUAGAUACCGGUCAAUAUAUGUACUGUUCCAGGCACGAGCCUAUUAUAUCCCGC